AUCUUCAUAAACACAGCGGAAUCGGUCAGCGACUAAUCUCUGCACAUCUCACUAUAUACAAGGAGUCCAAGCAAAUUUAACACAAGAUGAUCACAGGACCCAAUGGAACGAUGACAACGUUGGCUAAUAUCACAGGAACUCCAAAAAACGAAUGUAUAGAGUGGGACAAUGCUGAGUGGGUCUUUACCUACCGGCCCCCCUACAUGUGGUUCAUCUUCGUCUUGGGCUUCAUAGAAAACUUGUUUGUCAUCUCCGUCUUUGUCCUUCAUAAGAGUCGCUGCACAGUGACUGAGAUCUACCUGGGGAAUAUGGCGGCUACCGAUCUGAUUCUUGUUAGCAGCCUACCAUUUUGGGCUAUAUAUAUCUUUAACAAGUACUACAGGCCAUUCGGAGGCUUCAUGUGUCCACUUCUUAGUUACUUGUUUCAGCUCAACCUUUACAGCAGCAUCUACUUCCUUAUGAUGGUCAGUAUAGAGAGAUAUCUGGCUCUGGUGAAGGCCAUGUCCAUUGGUCGCUUGAGAAAUCCUUGCUGGGCAAAAGUGAUCUGUGGGAUCAUCUGGAUAUUUGCAGCGGUGUUUAGUGCGCCCAAUGGCGUGUUCCGAAAGGUGAAGUUUAUUAAAAGAUUAAACAUUUCUGUCUGUAUUUCAGUUGCACCUACAACAUGGAUUAUUUUCCCAAAUAUCCUCACAAAUAUUCUCGGCUUCCUAUUGCCUCUGGUUGUCACCUCCUUCUGUACAUUUCGUAUCGUUUGGUUUUUGAAGAACAACUCAAUGCGACAGUUCAAGAAAGUCAACAAGGAGAGAAAAGCCGCUCGGCUGGUCUUAUCUGUAUUCUUGCUCUUCAUAGUGUGUUGGCUCCCCUACAAUAUUACUAUUUUAUGUUUUUCCAUAUUAGAAAGAUUCAAUGUCCAUCCUACAUGUAUGGUAAGAUACAUCAAUCGUGUUGUUUACCAAAUCUCCUAUUGUCUUGCUCUCAGUAACAGUUGUAUCAAUCCGGUCAUAUACAGUAUGGUUGGGAAUCAAUUUAGGCAAAAAGCCAGAGAGGUCUACAGUAGGCUUCUAUGUAAAGGACCUGACAGAACAACGUCAUCAAUCCUAACAGAUUAA